CUCCCUUAUGUACAACUCUUCAAUGUCCUUGCAAAAUGGCCUCCGUUCGAGGGUUUUCGAAGGCCAGUCGAAUAUUAAACCAAGUUACAAGACAUCAAAGAUGGAUUCAUACAUCAUCAGUUGCUGCUGGAGAUGUUGCUCCCUGGAACUACCUUUGGAAACCAGAGGAAAAAGCCCCUAUGACAGAUAAAGAGAAGGAAAGAGUUUCUAAAAAAUAUGGUCUUAUCAAAGACGACUACAAACCUAGGCCGUACAGUGGUGACUACCCUGAUCUGAAAGGAGUAGGUGCUUGGGACAGAGACAAUAUGGAAGUGUGGGAUUAUCCAGAGACAAAAAAGAAUUUUAUGGAACCGGGUCCAUACUAUGAUAGGGAUGUCGAAAUGCAGGCCAGAUACAGUGAGAGUUUUCAAUAUGCUUCUCGGGCGCGCCUGGGGUCACAGCUUAUUUUUGUUGUUAUUAUGAUAGGAUUUCUAAUCCUUAACGAUCAUCUUGGACAGCGUAAUUACUUUCCAAUGAUGCCGAAACAAAAACCAUAUGAUGAAUCUGGAAAAAAGAUUGUAAAUUAUUCUAUGGAAUCAGCCUAAGUGAUUCAGUACAUUCAGAUUGAGUUUGAAACUGAUGCAUGUUUGAAGACUGUGGCUCAGUGUAAACCCAAAAUUCUUUGUGUGAAUGAAUACCAACAGGUCGGUACAUUUGUGUCGGUUCACGUGAAAAAUAGCAUUGUUAUUUGUAUUAAGUGUGAAUAAAUAUUUGUAAAAACUGA